GAAUCCGCGUUUUUGCCAAUAUACAGAUGAGCUUAGCCACAGUCUCCCAUAACUUCACGUGCCUAAUGUUAUGUAUAUUGUGCCUACAUGUUGCUGCACGGAUGUAAACGAUCAGCAAAAGUGAUUUCGAUAAAAAGUACUCACAAUAUGUUACAAUCAUGAGGAAUUAGAAACUUUGGAGCACCAUAUACCAUUAUUAUAUGCAAUUUUCUUGUUCCAACCAUCAUGGGGAAAAAGAACAGUAAAUUGAAACCAGAGGAGGUAGAAGAUUUAAAGAAACGGACAUAUUUUACAGAAAAAGAAAUUCAAAACUGGUACAAAGGUUUUAUGAAGGAUUGUCCAGAUGGUAAACUGACAUUAGAGGGAUUCACAAAAAUCUACAAGCAAUUCUUCCCUUUCGGAGAUCCCAGUAAAUUUGCGUCGUUUGUAUUCAAUGUAUUUGAUGAGAACAGAGACGGUUAUAUAGAAUUCCACGAGUUUUUAACAGCCUUAUCUGUGACUUCUAGGGGAAGUGUUCAAGAAAAACUUAAAUGGGCUUUCAAACUUUAUGAUUUAGAUAAUGAUGGGUACAUCACAAGGCAAGAACUACUGGAUAUAGUAGACGCUAUAUAUAAGAUGGUGGGAAGUAUGGUUAAUCUUCCAGAAGAAGAAAAUACACCGGAGAAAAGAGUAAACAAAAUUUUUGACAUUAUGGAUAAGAAUCGAGACGACAAGCUCACCUUUGAGGAAUUCUUAGAAGGCUCAAAGAAAGACCCCACCAUCAUCCAAGCCUUAACACUUUAUGACAUGGCACAGCCUCAAGGACAGGGAUAAAGUCCACACAGUGUGACAUCAUCUGUAAAAAAGACUGAUAAGAAAUUUUGAAGUACAUUGAAGACAUUCGUAACUUACACAACAACGAAUGCAACGCAUAUGUUUCAUUUAUUUAUAUUCCUUUAUUUUUGUUCCAAUCCAAAAAUAUCCAUGACGAAACAAUCAAGUCAUUCUUAUACAUGUAAACAUGUAUCAACUGAUGUCUGUCCUGUUAUUUUCUCCCAUUAAAGACAAUUUUAUUUCAUUCCAGAAAUAUCACUAGCAAUGCAAAAAGAAAAUACCAGUAAGCUUUUUCUAAAGAAACAAAAAAUGAAUGCAUUUAAUUUGAAUGUAUAAAAACAGAAGUGUAAAAGAAUUAUACUAAAAGUCCAUCUGAUAUGUUGAUAUCUUAGCAAAUACAUUUGACUUUUCCCCAUUAAUAAUUGUUUUUAAAGGAAUUUGUUUCUUGUAUUUCUCUUUAUACCAGAAACUCAAUGGAAUAAAUGUCAUUAAUUUUAGAUUUUUAUAAUAAACCUGCAAAACUUGAAAAGAUGUAAGCUGAAACAAACACUUUAAGGUUUUUUGUGAAGAAAUAAUUUAAAAAAAAAAUGCAAAUGAAUAAAUUUAGUAUUUCAGUCGCUGGUUAACUAUUUUGCAGUUUACAUUUUAAUGUGAAUCUUCUACAAUAGAUUGCAGAAAUAAUUUCAUAAAGCAAAUUGAACCUUCCAUAACUUGUGUUCAUAUAGUCAACAACAUUGUAAUCAAGCCUUUGCGGAAUUUUCUGAACAAAUUUACAAAUUACAAAGGUUACUAGUACAUUGGAUUUUUCUUGUAUUAUUUAAAUAUAUAUUCUUUGCUUAAAUUGUUUAAUAAAAACAUAUAAAUGAAAUUGUUAAAAAUUGAUAUCAUAACAUUUGAAAUAUGAUUUUUUUCUAAUGUGUUGCUUUUUUCUAAAUACAUGUAUGUACACUAUUUACAGUUAGCAAAUUGCGAUUGCAAUUGAAAAAAAAGUAUUUAAGAUUUAUUAAAUUAUCAAAUUUAUACAGAAAUUAUUGCAAUAAUUAAUGAGAAACGUAUUGGCUGUUUCAUUUCAUGAUAAAGGACCCACUUUUACCAAAAUCAAACUUACCGUAAUAAAACGAGGAUUGUUUUAUAAAACCAGUGAAGACUUAGUUUUGUACAAUGUCAAGCAAUAAUUUUACCCUUAUGCAAGAUACAGUAUUUACAUUGUUUGUUGUAUGCAUAUUACUUUAGUGAUUAUUGUUGAUGAAACCUAUCAUUUUAAUCAUGUAUUUCAUGAUGAGCGAGUACUUACUUCAUGGAAUACAGUGUGACAUGUGAUGAAAUUUUAAUAUUAUUUUGUAAAAAUAAAUCCUCUCCAAAUUUUUUUA